CCUCAACAACACAACAACAACCGGUAAUGUAACGUUUUAUUCAUUUAUAUAUCUCUUAUUUCUCCAGGUUAGUCCCUGAGAUCCAGAAAAUCUGUAUUGUCCCAUUGGUGAGUUUGACUUAUCUUUGACAAGGGAGCUUUUACCUUAUUUUAUUGUUUUACUGUUUUACUUUACUGUGUGUUGCAUUUUUAAAUGCACUUUAAAUAAAGUUUGUUUUGAUCUAUCUAGCUCCAGCUGUCUGGUAUCAUAGUUGAUGAAACAUGGAAUAUUCAAAUACAAUUUUGGCUGAUCUCUGACAUAGGCUUUCUGCUUCCCCCUCCAAAAGCUGGUACUUACUCUUAUCUGCAGCAGGGCCAUUUUAGUCCUGGGCUAAGGUUGGUGUUCUGCACUUUAGAGUGUGAAAGUAUUAAAUGUUUCUUAGCUUUGCUGCAGUCUAAAAGAGGUCAUUUGCCAAACCAACAUUUUGCAGUGUGAAAAGCCCUGGCUUAUAGAGUGUCUCUUCCACUAACCUACAUUUUGGCUGAAUAGGAUCAUUCAUUGUACGAUGAUCCACCUACAUUUUAUAUGAGACAGAUUUGACAUGUUCUGCAUACUGCAGGUCUUUGGGAUGUUCAAAAGUAGGCCACUUACUGAGGGAAAGCUAGAUUCAAUCCGAUCACCACUUUUCGGUGGUCAUGGCUAGAAGGGUUGCAGCUAAUGUCAAAGUGAUGUCAAAAGUAGCAUGUUUGAGUCACUUUGAGGAGAAUUUUACCAUUUUAGUUCACCCUAAUUAUUUCCCUAACCUUAACCUAAUUCUCCUAAUUUGCAACGUUAAUUAUCCUAACCUGGCGUGUAAAUUCUCCUAACCUGCUACGAAAAGUCGGUUGGUAUGGCAACUGCUUGUCAUUGGACCACAACGAGGAGCUACAGAACCUAUAGAGGGAACAUCCCUGGGGCCGAGCUCCCUACCAUCCAGGACCUGGCGGGUAGAUGCGUUGGCCCAGUAACCGAAUGGUUGGUGGAUUGAAUCCCCGAGCUGACAAGGAAAAAAUCUGUUGUGGUGUUCUGUCCCUGAACAAGGCAGUUAACCCAUUGUUCCCCGGACGCUGAUGACGUAGCUGUCGAUUAUGUCAGCACCCGCACCUCACUGAUUCAGAGGUGUUGGGUUAAACGUGGAAGACACAUUACAGUUGAAUGCAUUCAGUUGUACAACUGACUAGGUAUCCCCCUUUCCCUCUAUACCAGGCAGUGUCAGAGGAAGGCCCUACAAAUAGUCAAAUACUCCAUCCACCCAAAUCAUAGACUGUUCUCACUUCUGGCUGCAAUGCUACCUCACGACAAGCGAUACCGAUGCCACAAGUCUGGAACCAACAGGACCCUGAACAGCUUCUACCCCCAAGCCAUAAGACUGAUAAAUAGUUGACCAUAUACCUACCUGGACUAUCUGCAUUGACUCUUUUCGCACUCACUUUUUUUUUGACUCAUCACACACAGUAUGUUGCUGCUGCUGUUUACUCUCUGUCACUUUAUUCAUAGUUCUCCCUAUAUAGCCUACAUCUCUGCCUCAAUUACCCCUGCACAUGGACAUGGUACUGGUAUUCCUUGAUUAUAGCAAGUUAUCGUUGCUCAUUGUGCCUGCUUUUAUGAUGACCUGUUUUACUUUUCUAUUACGUCUAUAUUGUCUUUCUCUCUGCAUAGUUGAGAUGUAAGUAAGCAUUUCACUGUUAGUCCACACCUGUUCACAAAGCAUGUGACAAAUUACAUUUGAUUUGAUUUGAAAGUCCCUUCUGCCAUUUGCUGCAUCCCAUCUAGUCAAACCCCUUUUGGGCUAUGCACCUUUUGAAGGUUCUGUCUAGAAGGGAUACAGCUUUUGUUAGAACUGACUUUUCUUAGCAGCUUUUAGGAGAACUUACGCAGCAGGUGGGAAGAAUUAACGUAGCAGGUUACUAGAAUUAAAUGAAGGUCAGGAAAAUGGUUAGGUUUAGGGUUAGCUAAAAAAUGCACACAAAAAAAACCGUUGACAAUGGUUGUUUAAGAUGGCGCCGACAGAUAUGACAGCGCUGCUUCUAGCUCCUAAGCAACUUUGCAGUAUUUUGUUUUUUACAAGCACUUCGCUACACCCGCAAUAACAUCAGCUAAUAUGUAUAUGUGAACAAUAACAUUUGAUUUGACGUUAAAUUGCACAAAAGCUGUAUCCCAUCUAGACAUCAACCCACUUUUGAAGGCAAUGCUUCUGUGUUCGCGGAUUCUGCAAUUGAAAAUGAGUCCAGACUUAAUCUAGGCCUAAGAACUUUUAGACAUUAUGGCUUGAACAUUCCAUUCUGAAUGACAAAGAAAGAAAUAUGGAGGGCAGAUGUGUUACACUGAAUUGUUUCUUUUAAUAGUGUGGACUUAGAACAUGUAUGGUUUGGAGGCCUAUUGCAGAGUCAUCAUGUAUUGUCUAUAAACACCAUGCACAACAUAUAGGCUAUACAGACUGAGGGCAGGUAAUCAGGUAAUGAUGUUAUUAGUGAGUAGCUAUCUGUACAAUCUGCUGUGCUAAGAGAAGACAGUCACUUGUGUGACUGUGGCAGAAUGAUUACAGACAACAGAUUCACAAUUCCAUACACAUUCCUUACGAAGGGCUUUAUUAUGCAUUAUGUUCCAUAUGACAUGGCCUUCUACCGUCAUACUCUGUGUAUGAGUACUGAGUAGUGUGGGAUUUGUUCUAUAAUAAUUCACUGGGGCCAUCUAGUGGUCAUCUCAGUAUCAGCUGGUGUAAUCAGCGAUGAAACUGGAGCAAAUAAGUUCCUAAAGUGAAAAUCUUCUUAACCUGUGAUCCAACAGUGGUGAGUUGCUAUAGUGAUUUGUGUUUUGUUAGGGCUUCUAAUGCUUCCGUUUCUGAUGAAGAUGAAAAAACGUAGUGAUGCUGUUUUCUCUUUACUUACAGAUACUAUGGAAGGAAGCAACAGCAUCUGGCCCAGUCAACAGCAACCAGGGGGUCCAGUCUGGCCGACACAGCCCAGCCAACAGCCCACCCAACCCCAACCCCCAUCCUGCUGGCCUGAGCAGCCCAGCAUCCCCUGCUGGCCUGGUCCUCAAUCAUCCCAACCAGCCCCAGCUCAACCUCAGCCCAUGCCUUGCUUUCCUGGGAACCCGAACACCCCCUGCUGGCCUGGGCAACAGCCAUCCCAACAAGCCCCAGGUCCGGCCCAAAACUGGCCUGUGCCACAGCCAUCACAACCAUCCCCAGCUCCAGCCCAAAACUGGAACUGGCCUGGUCCUCAACCAUCCAAACCAUCCCCAGCUCCAGCCCAAAACUGGCCUGGUACUCAACCACAACAUACCCAUCCAGCCCCAACCCAUCCCUGCCAGCCGUGCUGGCCUGGACCCCAGCCCCAGCCUCCCCAAUUACAGCCCCAGCCUACACCCCAGCCUUAUCAACCUCCAGCCUCAAUUCAAGCCCAGGCCCAGGGCCCCAGCCAGCCCAGUCCCCCAGGGUGGCCAGUCCCAGGCUUUAACCCAGGCGUUAACCCAGGGUCUGGAUGGCCAUUCGGCCCUGGUCAGGACCCAGGUGUACAAUCUAGUUGGCCUGAUCAGGACCCAGGUGGCUUCCCACCUGCUACACAGUGGAAUCCGACACCAACUGGACAGAAUGUGCCCUACAACCUGAACCUACAAAGAGGCAUCUACGACAAGAUGAUGCUCACCAUCAUGGGCCAGGUCAAACCAAACGCUAAGCAGUUCACAGUGAACUUUCUGCGAGGUAAUGACAUCGCCUUCCACCUCAACUCUCGGUUCAAUGAGGGGGGCAAGCAGGCAGUGGUGAGGAACCACAAGAUGGGAGAGCACUGGGGGAAGGAGGAGAGGCACACACAGGGAGGCUUCCCCUUCAUGGCCGGUCAGUCCUUCGAGAUGAAGAUUUUGGUUACGUCUGGCGAGUUUAAGGUGGCUGUGAACGGAACUCAGCUGUUUGAGUUUAAACACCGCAUCAGAGAACUCAACCAGAUCGAUCGCAUCAGCAUCCUCCAUGAUGUCAUCCUCACCUCUGUCAACGUAGACACGAUACCAUGACAACCAUACAUAUGACAUCCCUAUAUUAUACAACACUCAGCAUAGGCUACAUGCAUAACAUGGUAUCAAUCUGCAGUUAUAGUCUUUGCAACUUUUUUAUGAUGAUGAUUAUGAUGGUGAUAAUGGUGAUGAUGAUUAUGAUGGUGAUAAUGGUGACGAGCUGCAAACAUAAUACUGCAUUAAUACCCACUAACUCCACAAAAAAACUAAUGUGUAUAAUUUACAAGGUAUGAAGGACUAAGAAUUAAGCAAUGCCAUUUCAUUUAAAUGUGUAUAAUAUUUUAUAUCUAUUUUCUGUUGAACGUCUAUGUAAAUAAACAUACUUUAUGCUUA